CUUCCAAAUAUCAUCUUCCACUGCAGCAAAGGUUGGUCCUCUAGCGUUCGUAGUAGUUUGAGUGUUGUCUCUCAUGACUAUCUAGCAGCAAGCGAGUUACCUGUUGGGUUUUGGAGUCAUUUGUCCCGUAGACGUGCUCUACUAGAGGAUCAUGACGAUGGCUGCAUUCGGCGUUAAGCAAACCGUUGCUCUGCUGGUUCAGCUGGCGGUGGUUGUCCACUCGGUGGUUGGUGCACCACCUGGGUGGCAGGAUGCGCACAUCACUUACUACGGCUCGCCCAACGGUGGAGGGACACAAGGAGGCGCUUGUGGGUAUCAGAACACAGUGUCACUGGGAUACGGAUUCAUGACUGCGGCGCUAAGCUCUCCUUUGUUUCAGGGUGGAAAGGCUUGCGGUGCCUGCUUCCAACUCCAAUGUGCUCGAGUUCAGGAAACCCGAACUGUGAAGAAUUGGUGCCAUGAUUACUCGAAGGCCAUCACCGUCACCGCCACCAAUCUGUGCCCCCCAGGAUCUGAAGGAACAUGGUGCGAUCCUCCUCGGCAUCACUUCGACUUGCCAAUGCCCGCUUUCUUGUCGCUUGCAAGGCAAGAAGGAGGAGUUGCUCCAGUUUACUACAGGAGGGUGCAGUGUUUGAAGAAGGGCGGAAUCCGGUUUACCAUGGGAGGCAACCCUUGGUUUCUGAUGGUACUUGUUCACAAUGUUGGCGGUGCAGGCGAUGUAGUGGCCGUGAAAGUGAAGUGCCCCUCUUCUGGGUGGUAUGACAUGUACCGGAAUUGGGGUGCAUUGUGGACCGUGCAAAAGAAGAUGGUGGGACCCUUAUCUUUCUUACUCACCACGGGCGACGGUCGCAGAUUAACUGCCUACAAUGCAGUGGGCAACGGUUGGACUUUCGGCCAGACUUGGGAGGGCGCUCAAUACUAGUUAUGAACCUUAGACCUUGCGGGCAGCGAUCUUGCUUCUUCUUCAACGCCGAAAGGAGGCUCAUGCCAGGUGAUCCGUGAUGUGCUUGGGGGGUGCGCUCAUAGCGCAGCUGUAUGUAGCUGCCAGGCCGCGCAGAGAGCUUGCGAAGAUGAAGUUUUGAUCAGAUGGGUCCUCCUUGGCGCGUGGUCAAGGGGAUUGCAUGCAAUAGUAUCUUAGGCUGGUGUAGGUUCAUGUUGCCAGGAGGAAUUUCUUGUUCCUCGUGUGCUGGGAGUAAGUAGGAAAUCUACAUUGUUGGAAAUGGCUGAGCAGUGCUGAGUAAAUUUACUGCCGCCUUAAUUGAAUGAUUCUUGAAUUAGCUGCGUGUUGCGAACUUUUGUUCAACGAAGUAUUCGAAAUUCUGCAAUACAAUGGGGCUAAGGGCUAUUGGUGUUCAAUUCU